AGCAGGAUGGGCAGAGUGGACGGUUGUGGCAUUAUGCUGUGCAAGCAAGCAGCAAGGGCUUGUUUCUAGUUCCGAACGCAUGCGGCAUUGCAGGAAGACGGAGAAGCCGCGAGUGUGACGCUUUCUCCGCGCAGGACGGCCUAGAUACUAAGUUGGUGUCAGUCGCGUCUGCUGCUACUGUGCCAGUGGCGUCCAAGUUUUCCUCUUGACCUGUCCGCCAUUAGUGCACGUGUAGUUUUCUGCUGCUCGUGCAAAGAGUAUCGUCGUCACCCGCUUGACCUCUGCGCGCAGUCAGGGUAUUUUCGAUUUUGAUCGAAACGCUCAGUACUACAGUAGACUCUACGAGUAGAUCUACUACACCAGUACACGGCGCCACUGGGACUGUAGCCUUGUAGGAGCUUGGAACUGUGUUGUCGGCGUAGAACGGUCGGUGUAGUUCAUGCAGUAGAGCAGCAGUGGCAGUGUUUGCGCGCCCAAGAUGCCUCGCGAAUGGGAGUUGUCGGUGGAGGCACCAGAGAUUGGUGUCACCAAAACUCUACUGGUCACCGGAGACAUGAUGAUUGGUGAAAUUAUCGUCAAGCUCGCUACCGCAUUCGGACCUCAAGACUGGUCGGACCAUGGCCUGUGGUGGCCGGAGCGUAGUGUGUGGCUGCGCCGGCCGCGGAUAACACUGCAGGCGUACGGCAUUGAGUCGGACAGCAAGGUUCAGUUCACUGCGCAGAACAAGCCGCUGUGCGUCAAGCUGCCGGAUAGAACGGUUGUACGCAUGAAGGUCAAUCUAGCGUCCGAGUGUUUCCAUGCAGUCGAGCAGGUGUGCAAAAGCAUAGGAAUCCGGCGCUUCGAGGAGUUAUCGUUCAUGCGCUGCGCCAAUCCCGGCGGCCCCCCGAACAUUGCACUGCAAUACUACAGCUCUAAGAAGACGGCAGUGCACAGCCAUUUAGAGCCGGGCAGAGACCACACGAGCGAUGGCUGCAUCCAGGGCGCCGAGUAUGUUGUAUCCGGUGGCAGUGCUGGUCUAAUAGUGCGCUCCGAUAGCGUUCCCGACCACACGUUCAUGGACCAGAUGGUGUCGACCACGCACGAUCGUGCGUUCUUGAAUGGCCUAUGGUUUGACUCUUCAAAGUCCCUCUACUCCCAGGGUGUGAAGGAGGGGGAUUUCAUUCAGCUCAAGUUCAAGUACUUCACCUUCCUCGACCUUGACCCGCAGGUCGAUCGGCUACGAAUUGGUCACCUGUUCGAACAGGCCCAUUGGUCUGUUGUGCUGGAAGAUGUCGACUGUACGGAAGAAGAAGCUAUCUCAUUUGCAGCACUCCAGCUGCAAACCAUUUUAGCCAGGAAACGUCCUGACCUAGGCCAGCAGGCACAGCCAGCAGAAGACUCCUCUGAUCUGGAGGCAGCACUCAAUGAUCUCCAGGUGUCACUGGGGACGCAGUCAGCUGCGGCAGCGGCACCAUCAGUUAUGGUGGCACGAAAGGUCGAUGGCCAUCUGAAAAUUGCAAAAGGAUCGAGGUUACUGGGCAAACAGAAAGUUGGGUACUUUGUAUUCCAAGAAUGUUCACUUCUACAGUACAGCAAUCCCAGUAUGGGUGGUGGCCAGAUUGGACGGUACAAUUUCCGUGGUGCCGUUAUCACACCAGAUGUUGAUCCUGACAAAGGCAAGUACACUAUCCGUGCCGAGGUAGAUGAUUCCGGCAGUUCAACGGAGAUACGCUUGACGGCUGAGUCCGAAGAAGAGUUUGCAAUGUGGCUAGCAGCAUGCAGAAUGGCAUCAAGAGGCAAGGCUGCCGGCUCGGCCGGUUUUGAGUCGGAGAAAGAAGCGUGUGGAGUGUUCGUCAGCAUGUUGACACCGCUGAAGAAAGCUGAGGAGGGAAAACGCACUCUGGCCAGCUUCUUGCCACAGGCCCUGAUCAAGAAGAGAAACAUCAAGCAGCUGGCUUCAUCUAUCCUUGAUGCACACGCCAGUGUAGCUGGCCAAGCACUGCUGGAGUCCAAGCUCAAUUACGUGCGCGCUUGGGAGGCUCUCCAAGACUUUGGUGUCAGCUAUUUCCUUGUCAACUUCACUAUUCCGGGACGGUCGAAGGAGGAACUGCUCGGCGUGGCGUACAACCGGCUGAUCCGCCUGGACGCCAACACGCACGCACACCUGCAGACGUGGCGCUACUCGACCAUGCGCUCUUGGAACAUCAACUGGGAGAUCAAGGAGCUGAAGAUCGAGCACGAGGACGGGCCCAUAGCGUUCACGUGCCGCAGCGCCGACCUGAAAAUCCUGCACGAGUUCAUCGGCGGGUACAUUUUCAUGAGCAUGAGAAAGGACGUGCACGAAACGGUCAACUCUGAGAUGUUCUAUAAGCUGACCGGCGGCUGGGAAGGCUAGAACUGCACGGCUGCUGCCACUGCACUUGUUAGUAAGGUACACACGGAGAGAGAGAAUCCUGUUAGGAGAGCAGUGCAUGCCGCGAAUGUCUCUCGCCGGCCCCCAGUGCAAGCCAAACGUUUUGAGUAUCGGAGAAAAAAACUGUACACCCUUCGCACUCCUCCUGUUCGCCACCACUGGAUCAGGAGUGUGUGAACAGGACUAGGGACAUGUCUUAUUCUUCUUCUACACGUAGUGACUGUUCUACUAGGGUUUUUGUCCUGUUUAUAUCUGUUCAUAUCCGUUAUGUGUAUGUUUCUAUGGCUGGCUCAAUUGGCCCUGCACUAUCCAAUGCCGCAAGUACUUGUAACUAAUUACUACUAGGUGUUCAUUGGUGCUUUCUCAUGUACCGUGGCAGCCGCUCCAUGUACAAGUACAUGUAUUUCCAAGUUUGGUUCUCCCAGAGGAUAGCCCUAUAUAUAUAUAGGUCAUUGCUGUACUUCAAAAAAAAAAGUAGCUACUCCAUCAGUGCAUGCACGGUGUCCUAACUAGAAUACGUCGACCGAGCUCGGACGGAGGAGUUUGGAGUGGUUAUUUUCAGUCAUGCCUGGUAUUGUUUAGCGGCAAUGAUGUUUCACAAAGUUAUUUUUCAACAAUGCUAGAACUGAAGAGGGUGACGGCAGUGUGUGGAGGCUACACGCUAUGAACAGA